AUGAUGAACCGCAAGGAAGAGUUUCGACUCUCAUAUGUUCCGCUGGACGAUGAGCGCCACGAUCAUCGACAAUCCCGACAAAGACCACUGUCCACAGCGGAGCAGGUCCUCCUUCAAUCUAAUACAAAGGGAUUCUGGGGUUCAAGUUGGACCUUUGAAAUCAUAGGAUCUAUUAUUUCCAUCGCGUUUCUGGCUGCAAUAAUUGUGGUUCUGUUCAAGUACAAUGGAAAACCAAUGCCUGAUUGGCCUUACGGUAUCACCCUUAACGCCCUGGUUUCGGUGCUCAGUACGAUUAUGAAAGCUUCCAUGGCAUUUGUCUUGACAGAAUGCUUGGCUCAAUUAAAAUGGUCUUGGUUCCACAGUGGGAACAAGCUGAGUGACCUUGCGCUUCUGGAUGCAGCCAGUCGGGGUGUAGCGGGUGCUUUCUUUGUUUUAUUUCGCUUCUUACCUCGCCAUCUUGUCACUUUCGGAUGUCUAGUCCUAGUCAUGGCCGCUGCCACGGACCCAUUCGUUCAACAGGUAAUGGCCGUGAAAGAACGAUCUAUUCACGCUCCGGGACAAGCAUCUAUUCAAGUCUGUAAUUCGAGCCUCUACACUGAUUACGGCGAGGGUUCUUCCCCUGGCUUGAAUAAGGUCCUAUUAGGAACUCUGGGUGCUGUCUACUCGGGUAUUUUUCAAACUCAAACUCCAAACAGCAACUCCAUCAUGAUGGAAUGCCCAACAGGAAAUUGUACAUUUCCUUCAUACCAAUCCCUCGGCUUCUGCAGUAAAUGCGCCAACAUCACCGACUCUCUCACGACAUCCUCCCCAUCUUCCAACUCGAUGAUGGGUCAAACCACAUACAAAUUGCCAAACGGAUUUGAAUUCACUUCUUCACUCAAUAUGCCUUACCUCAUCAACUCAACAGCAUUGCGACCCCUCGUGAAACUAGACACGAAGGGCAUGGCGACAAUCGUGAAUUUCACCGCCAUCGCUGGACUAGGCUACGGCGGCUCAAUCAGCGCAACUGAAUGCGCGCUAUAUUUCUGCGUCAACACAUACGAAGCUUCCGUCCGCGAGGGAAAAUUCAUCGAAACCACAACGGGACGUGACUCUUACCCCGACACCUGCUAUUCCAACGGCACCCGCUACGAAAAACCGUACAAAAAGGGUUCAAAUUGCACGUUCGCCGUGAACGCAUUCAGCAAGCUCGCGAUGGCCAAUUCCCUGCAACCUUUGCUCAAAGGCAAAGCGUCGCUGUUUGUGAGCAACCGACCUGACUAUUCAUCCGACACUAUCCAAGCACUCUACGGCACGCAGGGGAACUUCACCGACAUCAAUUCAGUAUUCAAAUCACUCGCCUCUUCGUUAACCGUCAAUGCUCGAUCGAAAGUCUGCGCUGCGCCUGUGAAUGGAACGGCCUGGACCGAUCAAUCAUAUGUUCACGUUCAAUGGGAAUGGUUGAUUCUGCCCGGUGGCUUGGUUGCGCUCAGUUUGGUGUUCAUGAUCAUUACGAUCAUCCACACGCGGAAUCAGUAUAUUUGGAAAUCGAGUCCUUUGGCUCUCCUGUUUUCUGAUUUGCAGGUUGAUGCGGCUAGUACUCUAAAGCCGGAUCCAACUCUCAAGGGAAUGGAAACUACGUCGAGGAAUAUGCAGGUUUGGUUGGAAACAACUGCCGAUGGGGUUCGAUUGAAGGCUGUUCAGGACUAA